CCAUGGACUCGCUCCAGCACUCAUAGCACACAAGAGGUCUACAAGACACAGAUUUUUUUUGUUUUUGUUGUUGUUGUCUGUCAACCAACGCCAGUCUUAUUACACACCAUAAACACUGUGAAAAUAACUCUCCGGACCGGACGCUUUCUCCUAACAGACCCAUGUGUCUCCCGUAGUAACAGGCGGAUGAGACCCGCUAAAGAGCCGCACUGCCUGGAACAAACAAGGCAUUCCUAUCCAUCCCUCUGUCCACCCCCCCUUCCCCUCCCUGUCUCCUCUUGGGGCUGUAAAUAAGCUGGGGCUGUGUAGACCCUUGAGAGGCCAUCCCCCUCCCACUCUUCCCCACCACCGCUAUCCCCUUCUAACUCCUCACCCUACUCACACUCUGCUGCUGCUCUUUAUGCUGCUGAAAGGCGCCAGGGAGAUGCUCAGAUGAUCCAUUGGGCCAUCCUGAUCCACAUCGUCCAUACAGCCCAAGACAGGGAAGACUAACUAGUGCAAGUGUGAGAGAGCCCUUGGAGCGUGCUGUGAGAACCCUGCGAGGCCCACCCGCCCGCCAAGCCUGGCAGAAAGCUUGGCUUGCCCCUUCACUCCUCCAGCCCCUGAGAUGCCCUCCCCUCCCAAUGAAGGAGAGGAUCAAGGAGCGUCCCCCGUGAACGGGCCAUCUGUGGGAUCCUACCACAGCAGUGGGAAGAGGAAGGUGCGCACCAAAAAGAAGAAAGGCACUAUCAGCGGCAAUGUUGCUGGCACCAAAUAUGAGAUCGUUCGUAUAGUCAUCAACGAAAUGGACUUUAUCAAGUCCCGAGAUGACGACGAGACUGCCAACCUCAUCUGGAAUGACUCGGCCGUGCAGCACGAGAAAAUCGCUGAGCUCAGGAAUUAUCAGAGAAUUAACCAUUUCCCUGGUAUGGGCGAAAUCUGCCGGAAAGACUGCCUAGCAAGAAACAUGUCCAAAAUGAUCAAGUGCCAGCCUCAAGAGUACAGCUUCAUACCCAAAACCUGGAUCUUCCCCGCUGAGUACACUCAAUUCCAGAACUACGUUAAGGAGCUACGCAGGAAACGCAAGCAGAAGACCUUUAUUGUCAAACCCGCUAAUGGAGCCAUGGGUCACGGGAUCUCGCUUAUCCGUAACUGUGAGAAGCUGCCAGCCCAGGAGCACUUUAUCGUUCAGGAGUACCUGGACAAGCCCUUCCUUAUGGAGGGCUACAAGUUUGACCUACGCAUCUACAUCCUUGUCACUUCUUGCGACCCACUUCGAAUUUUUCUCUACAACGACGGCCUGGUUCGCAUGGGCACAGAGAAGUACCAUGCACCCAGUGAGGCCAACCUGAGCCAGCUCUACAUGCAUCUGACCAACUACUCAGUCAACAAACACAAUGAGAACUUUGAGCGAGACGAGACAGUGGACAAAGGCAGCAAGAGGUCCAUCAGUUGGUUCACCGAGUUCCUCCGCACCAACGACUACGAUGUGGCCAAGUUCUGGGGAGACGUCUCUGAGCUAGUGGUGAAGACGUUAAUAGUGGCGGAGCCCCAUGUGCUGCACGCCUAUCGCAUGUGUCGCCCCGGCCAGCCACCAGGGAGCGACAGUGUCUGCUUCGAGGUCCUGGGCUUUGACAUCAUCCUGGACCGCAAACUCAAACCCUGGCUACUGGAGAUCAAUCGAGCUCCGAGCUUUGGGACCGAUCAGAAGAUUGAUUACGACGUGAAGAAAGGGGUGCUGCUCAACGCUCUAAAACUCCUCAAUAUUCGAGCCAGUGAUAAGAAACGCAACCUGGCCCAGCAGAAGGCAGAGGCUCAGAGACGGCUCUAUGGACAUGGCUCCAUGAAGAAACUCUCUGCUGCUUCCUCGGACUGGGAGAAACAACGUCACACACUGGAGCGAAGGAGAGAAGAGCUGAAAGAGCGACUGGCACAGGUCCGCAAGCAAAUCUCCAGGGAGGAGCAUGAAAAGCAACAUCUGGGUAACUACAGACGUAUUUACCCCCCAGACGACAAGCUGCUGCUGGAGAAGUAUGAAAGCCUGCUCUCGGCCGCCUUUCAGACCUUCCUCGCCGGGCGAGCUGCCUCACUUCAAAAGGAAAUGAAUAAUCCUCUGAAACGAAUGAAGGAGGAAGACAUCUUGGAUCUGCUGGAGCAAUGUGAACUGGACGAUGAGAAGCUUAUGGGCAAAUCCUCCAGGCAACGAGGCCCUAAGCCCUUGACCGCCAUGCCAGAAUGCAGUCAGACACCAAGACGUCAACGACCUGACUACCUGGCUGACUUCACCAGUGGCAGCAGCGCCGAUAACUCCUGCUCUUCCUCAGAUGAAGAAGAGGAGGAGAGGAGGAAGUCAGGAGGUGGAGGAGGAGGAAGAGGCGGAGAGAAGAGGGAGAAGAAGGUUUCCUACGACCUUGGGGAUUGCAAGGAGAAGAACUUGGCCGAGCGCUCAGGGCGCAUGCACUGGAAACCUCCAAUCAAGACGCUCAAAACCAGCCCCGCCCCCUCUGCUUCCCCGACACUUUCUGGUCCAAUCAGGCGCUCCAUUUCCUGCCCUCGUUCAAUUUCCUCCCUCUCAUCACCCAGUGAGGUGCGGGCAUUGUCCGCCAGGCCUUCUCCUACAGUUCCUGUGGCCACUCCCCUCAUCAGGCCGAGCUCUGCCACGCUGCGCUCUCACUCACUGAGUCGCAGUGGCUCCGCCCACCGCGUUCCUCACAGCAACAGCCUGGGGACCAUCCACUCCCACAUAGGUGAUCCCCUGAUAAACCUAAGGAGUAAAGAGCAAGAGGCCGAGCUGGUGCGUCAAACUCUGGCCGCGCUCACCGCCAUGAGGAUCAGGUUUCCGGGCAAAACCGAGGAAGAGGCCGAUGCUGUGCUGGAUGAGAUCCUUGACAACUGGAAAUACCAUAAAUCAAAGGUGGCAUCCUAUUGGUUAGUGAAGCUGGACUCUACCAAACAACGGAAGGUGUUGGAUAUUGUACGAACCAAUGUACGCUCAGCGCUGCAGCGGAUCUGGAGGGAGCCGGAUGUAGAGAGUCUCCACCUCUACCGGCUCUUUAACCGCAUCUUCAACCGGCUGCUCUGGAGUCACGGCCAGGGCCUGUGGAACUGCUUCUCGAACACUGGUUCAUCGUGGGAGACCAUCUUCAGUAAGAGCAGCGAGGUGGUGUCACCCCAGGAGCUGCAGUGCUGCCGCCGGCUGGUCCAGCUGUGCCGAGAUUGCCUGUUGGUCGUCUACAAGUUUGUCUCAGAGUCCCGCGGCUCUUUGACCGGGCUCAGCCCUGAAUGGGACGACACCAGGUACUGGAACGCUGUUAGCAGGAGCUGCCUCACUGCUCUGUCUCGGUGGAAGGUGUCAUAGAAAAGUCUUAGAAAGGUACUGACGUCUAUGCCUCGGAAUGAUAGGUAUCUGCUGCCAGUGACCUCCCAGUUCAUCAUGAAGUGGCCUUCGUCCAGCUUUGGCCGCAUCUCCUCGGCCAUGCCACGCUCACGCAGCCUUUUCGCCGCCAGAAUGGGCCACUUCUGAGGUCACCGUGGCAACCCUGGCUUCUGACACCUCGCCUUUUGACCUCAACACCUCCCCUCCCCUGACUCUCUCCCAGCCAAACUCCGAUCUCAGCAAGUCCAGUAUGGAUCUUAAUUUGGAGCAGCUCUGGACACCGUAUGGAGCCUCAUCCUUGGCCAAACCCCCCCUGUGGAAGACCAACAAAGAAAGGCCAGGUGAUUUGGGACUGCUAAAGGGCCUUGUUCAGUUUAGACUAGUUUGGACCUGCCUAGACCAGCAGACCACCUACACCCUCGACCCUCAUCUUUAGCCCCAGUAACACCAGACAAUGGGUUCACCCCUCUUUUCUCAUUGUAAUUGCUGUAUUAUACCUACUCACUGUACAGUUACAAGUCAUGGUACUGUAAAAGGAAAGAUUAACACACACUAAACAAUGCAAGGAUUAUUUAUUUAUGUACUUACUUAUUUUGUAUGGUAUUCAAUGAUGAAUGCAGUGAAUGCUGAUGCAGAAUGCAGAUAUGGAAUGAUAUUAACAAAGCUAUCCCUUGUUUGAGAAAGCGGAUGUAAAAAACAACAACAACAAAAAGCUUAUUUUUGCUGGCUGUAAUCAGUUAUUUUAUUUCUGAAUUUAAAUUAUUUCAUAACUUAUAUCAGAGGCUUUAUGUUUAUAAAUGUUUUAACAGUCACUUUAUGUUCUAGUUUUUACUGAAGAGAGGUGGUGCCCAGAAAACUCAAAAUGUUUCACUUUUGAAUGCUAAUGCUUCAUGUUUUACCUGUGUGAUAUUAAGUGCAGCACUAUUAAGCAACACAAUGUUUAGAAUGUCAGUGUAGUAAAGCCAAGCCUCUUUGCCUUGUAGAGAAUGAGCUGACUUUGAUGCCACAGCAUAAAGAGCCAAACUUCAGUCUCAGAGAGCACCCAGCUCCUAAUAUGCACUUGGCAGUUUGUCACAGAAAGAGAAAGUGGGUGCACAUUAAAAGUAGUGUUUGCAUGCUUAGAUUUUAGUCCCUCACCCAGAUGUAGUGGUUAGGACAGAGGAACUGCGUUUGGAACAUACUUGAAGUUUUGUGUUGUCAUUAAUUAUUGUGUCUUUGUAUCGGCUGCACUCCGGAGGAGACACUUGUAGAUUUGUCGUCUGAAGUAUGGAUGAGUUCAGGAUAAUUACAUUAAGUGUUGCAUCCAAGGACGUGCACAAGGUCGGGCUGACGUUGCCAGAGAAACGGCUCAUUUGCUCUGUUUGGCUGAGCUGUCAAAGAGGGAAACAAUAAGAAUAAUAAUGUAAUUGCUAAAGUUAGACCUAAUGAAAUCACCAUAUCAUCCAUUACUUUUUGAUGCAUGUCUCAGCGGGACACAGAGAUGUGGUGGCCCUAUGCGAUGCCCACUGACCCGUCAUGUGACAAUGUAGUAUCGAAUUUAGUAGUGUUGCCCUUUGUGUGAGUGGAAAUGAUUACCGAUGAAUAGUAUAACCAAUGGAAUGGCCUGUAAACAAAAACAUCCACAUAUUCUUCCAGACAACGUGCACCUCGUCACGUUUGCAACAUUGCCUUAUAUAAUUUCCUCACAUAAACCAAUCUUAGCUAGCUAACAUAUAGGGAGGUUUUUUUUUUUUUUCAGGUUAGGUAACAGCCC